AUUAUCAACGUGACCUGGUCCGACUCUACCUCCCAGACCAUCUACCGGAGGUACAGCAAGUUCUUUGAUCUGCAGAUGCAGCUUCUGGAUAAAUUCCCCAUAGAAGGUGGCCAGAAGGACCCCAAGCAAAGGAUCAUACCCUUCCUCCCAGGCAAGAUCCUCUUCCGGAGAAGCCACAUCCGGGAUGUAGCUGUGAAGAGGCUGAAGCCCAUCGACGAAUACUGCCGGGCACUGGUCCGGCUCCCUCCCCACAUUUCACAGUGUGAUGAAGUCUUUCGUUUCUUCGAGGCCCGACCUGAGGAUGUCAACCCCCCAAAAGAAGAUUAUGGCAGUUCCAAGAGGAAGUCAGUGUGGCUGUCCAGCUGGGCUGAGUCUCCCAAGAAGGACGUGACAGGUGCCGACACCAACGCCGAGCCCAUGAUCCUGGAACAGUACGUGGUGGUGUCCAACUAUAAGAAGCAAGAGAACUCAGAGCUGAGCCUCCAGGCCGGGGAGGUGGUGGAUGUCAUCGAGAAGAACGAGAGCGGAUGGUGGUUUGUUAGCACCUCCGAGGAGCAGGGCUGGGUCCCUGCCACCUACCUAGAGGCCCAGAAUGGGACCCGGGAUGACUCAGACAUCAACACCUCCAAGACCGGGGAAGUGUCCAAGAGACGCAAGGCCCAUCUGCGGCGCCUGGAUCGCCGGUGGACCCUGGGCGGGAUGGUCAACAGGCAGCACAGCCGAGAAGAGAAGUAUGUCACCGUUCAACCUUAUGUCAGCCAAAGCAAGGACGAGAUUGGCUUUGAGAAGGGUGUCACUGUGGAGGUGAUCCGGAAGAAUUUGGAGGGCUGGUGGUAUAUCAGAUACCUGGGCAAAGAGGGCUGGGCACCAGCAUCCUACCUAAAGAAGGCCAAGGAUGACCUGCCAACCCGGAAAAAGAAUCUGGCGGGCCCUGUGGAGAUCAUUGGGAACAUCAUGGAGAUCAGCAACCUGUUAAACAAGAAGACAUCUGGGGACAAGGAGACUCCACCAACUGAAGGCGAAGGCUCUGAGGCCCCCAUUGCCAAGAAGGAGAUAAGCUUGCCCAUCCUGUGCAAUGCUUCCAAUGGUAGUGCCCUCGGUGUCCCUGAGAGGACCGUCUCCAAACUGGCCCAGGGCUCUCCAGCUGUGGCCAGGAUUGCCCCUCAGAGGGCCCAGAUCAGCUCCCCAAACCUAAGGACAAGACCUCCACCACGCCGAGAAUCCAGCUUGGGGUUCCAGCUGCCGAAGCCACCAGAGCCCCCUUCUGUCGAGGUGGAGUACUACACCAUUGCCGAGUUCCAAUCGUGCAUCUCUGACGGGAUCAGCUUCCGUGGUGGACAGAAGGCAGAGGUCAUCGACAAGAACUCAGGCGGCUGGUGGUACGUGCAGAUCGGUGAGAAGGAGGGCUGGGCCCCCGCGUCCUACAUCGAUAAGCGCAAGAAGCCCAACCUGAGCCGCCGCACGAGCACAUUGACACGGCCCAAGGUCCCGCCGCCAGCACCCCCCAGCAAGCCCAAGGAGACCGAGGAGGGUCCUGUGGGUACCAACGAGAGCCAGGAUUCCCCACUGAAGCUCAAGUACGAGGAGCCCGAGUAUGACAUCCCCGCCUUUGGCUUUGACUCCGAGCCGGAGCUGAAUGAGGAGCCCACAGAGGACAGAGGCUCCGGAGACCGGAAGCCUGCCCAGCCCCGUAGACCCUCACCUGCCUCCUCCCUGCAGCGGGCCCGCUUCAAGGUGGGCGAGUCUUCAGAAGAUGUGGCCCUGGAAGAGGAGACCAUCUAUGAGAAUGAGGGCUUCCGGCCAUAUGCAGAGGACACCCUGUCGACCAGAGGCUCCUCUGGGGACAGUGACUCCCCAGGUGGCUCCUCACUGUCCCUUGCCAGGAAAAACUCGCCCAAGUCAGGCUCCCCAAAGUCAUCAUCGCUCCUAAAGCUCAAGGCAGAGAAGAACGCCCAGGCAGAACUGGGGAAGAACCACUCCUCGGCCUCCUUUUCCUCGUCCAUCACCAUCAACACCACCUGCUCCUCCUCUUCCUCCUCUUCCUCCUCCCUGUCAAAGAACAGUGGUGACCUGAAGCCCCGCUCUGCCUCGGACGCAGGCAUCCGUGGCACUCCCAAGGUCGGGGCCAAGAAGGACACUGAUACGAGGGCUGGGAUGACCUCCUGUGCCCGGGCCAAGCCAUCUGUCCGGCCUAAGCCCUUCCUGAACCGGGCAGAGUCACAGAGUCAAGAGAAGAUGGACAUCAGCACUUUACGACGCCAACUGAGACCCACAGGCCAGCUCCGGGGGGGCCUCAAGGGCUCAAGGAGUGAGGAUUCAGAGCUGCCCCCACACACAGCCUCCGAGGGGCCCAGUGAGGGGGCCAGGAGAGGCUCAGCCGACAUCAUCACCCUCCCGGCCACGGCUCUCCCGUGUACCCCCAAGAAGGAGUGGGAAGGGCCAGCCACCUCCUACGUGACAUGUAGCGCCUACCAGAAGGUCCAGGACUCGGAGAUCAGUUUCCCUGCCGGCGUGGAGGUGCAGGUGCUGGAGAAGCAGGAGAGUGGCUGGUGGUAUGUGAGGUUUGGGGAGCUGGAGGGCUGGGCCCCUUCCCACUACCUGGUGCCCGAUGAGAACGAGCAGCCCAACACCCCUGGCAAAGAGCAGGAUGUGCUAAAGAGCAAGCAGAAUGAGGGCAAGUCAGACAGCCUGGAGAAGAUCGAGAGGCGGGUGCAGGCGCUCAACACCGUCAACCAGAGCAAGAGGGCCACACCGCCUAUCCCCUCCAAGCCCCCGGGAGGCUUUGGCAAGACACCAGGUGCUGUGGCGGUGAAGAUGAGAAACGGUGUGCGACAGGUAGCAGUCAGGCCCCAGUCGGUGUUUGUGUCCCCACCACCCAAAGACAACAACCUGUCCUGCGCCCUGCGGAGGAACGAGUCACUCACAGCCACCGACAGCCUGAGAGGCGUCCGCAGGAACUCCUCCUUCAGCACAGCACGCCCAGCGGCCGCGGAGGCCAAGGGUCGCCUGGCAGAGCGGGCCGCCAGCCAGGGCUCCGACUCACCCCUGCUGCCCACACAGCGCAAUGGCAUCCCUGUGUCCCCUGUGCGCCCCAAGCCCAUCGAGAGGUCCCAGUUCAUCCACAAUAACCUCAAAGAUGUGUACGUCUCUAUUGCAGACUAUGAGGGGGACGAGGAGACCGCAGGCUUCCAGGAGGGGGUGUCCAUGGAGGUACUGGAGAGGAACCCCAAUGGCUGGUGGUACUGCCAGAUCCUGGAUGACGUCAAGCCCUUCAAAGGCUGGGUGCCCUCCAACUACCUGGAGAAAAAGAACUAACCAAGGUUGUGCGGUCACUCCAGCCUCUGUGCCACUGUACCCGCCACUGGAUGAGCAGUGACAUGCAGACCAAAGGGGAAGGACAAAAUGGGAGGGGGUGGGGGAAGAACAACAUUAAGCCCUGCAGAUGUGGGACCUGAAAGCUGGCCCACCUCCCAGCUGUUGCCUGGAAGGGAGGAUACAUUGAAUAGCAGAGGGAAUGACCUGGAACCCAGAGAUGAGAAAGCUGAGACCUACGUGUGCACUUUGGUGACUUCAUUGAUGGACUACAUGUCAUUUGGGACAGGCCAUGUGGGAAACCCCAAUUGUGCCUUUGCUGCAAAUCUGGAAAAGAUGUGGUCAUAGGGGGGCCUCCAGCAUCCUGCCCGUUGGGCUGUUUUGGUGGCUACCAUGUUGCCACCAGAGGUAGCCUUUGUAUUGUCCUUAUCCGUGUUUGUGGAUUGUGCUAUUUCCCAGGGAUUGCCACCACCCACCAUGGCUGGGUGCAUAUGAAGACCCCACAGGCCCUGGGACUUGGAGUUGUCUCCUGAGCGAGCUCACGUCUCUCUCGGGGCCAGGCCACUAUCAGUGUCUGGGAGUUAAAGAAAACACAGUUCCCAUGUGCCACAAGAACUACCUUCUUAGCUGUCAUUGCCCUGGCCUUGAGAAGAGAGUCCGCCCUCCUUGGGGUACCCCAUGGAGGACACAGUGCUGGAGUUUAGAGAGGGUAGGGGAAGCCAUCAGGCUCUCCAUCAUCAGCACAGACUACUUGGGUAUUUUUGGGUGAGCAGUUCCUUUGCAUGUUUCGGGAGAGGUUUGUUGACUUGGGGUUUAUAUGUCAGGCCUUUGGUUUGGGUCUUAUUUUAGGGGUUGUUUGGGCACCCUGGGGGGUCAGCCUCACAUGGGAACAGAAGGGGUGGAGGGUGGGCUUUUCUGUUGUACUCUGUGGAGGAGUGUUGUGUUUUGUAUUUGGCUUCCCAUUCUCCCCUCCAUAAGCCACGUCGUUUCGUUUGGUUUCCACUGUGUGGACUUUGCCUGCGCGGCACUUGCCGGAGGGAUUUGGGGCUAGGUAAGCCCAGGUCCCAGUCUUGGCAAAACAGAGAAACUGUCCUUCUGGUUCCUGCCCAACCUUGGUGGGGCAAAAACCCUCCCCGGGAGGGAGGAAGGUGUUGUUAGGAGCCAGACCUUUGGAGAGAAGGCAGCGCCCAGGCUGCUGGGUGGCUGCCAUUCUGUGUAUGUUCUCCCACCGGGGCAGGGCCGAAAGCCUUACAGAGACUGUGGAGAAGCAGCCGUGGCCCCCACCCUGGGUGGAGGGGACUCCAGCUGGGCCUCCUGGGUCAGACUGGAGCAGACACCACCAGCCACUCCUCUGGCCUACUGGCAAUGCCACAGUUGCUCGCGAAGAAGGAGGACCCUGUGCCUGGAGCCAGUCUGGUCUUCCCGGGGGCAGUGCCCCAGUGAAGAGAGAAGCAAGAGAGUGACAUUUCCUGCAGGUCUUCUGUCAACUUUGGGUUGUUUUUCCGUUGUUGAUAUCUCAGAGGGACUCUCCAGAAAGAAGCCCAGCCAGCUUCUCCAAGGACUCACCCUUUGUUGGGAGUGGAUUUCCGCACGUGCCUUUGAUUUCAGACAGACCAGGCUUCACAGCCACCGAAUGAGCUGCCAGAAUCACCAGACUAAGGGCUGUUGUUUCCUACAGAGGAGGGAAGCCCUGCCCUCACCUGCUCCCCCGAGCAGGCCUUCACCCUCUCCCCCACCCUCCAGGAUCCCAGAGGCCUUGCCUGGGAUCCCCGAGCCCUCGCCCCUCGCCACAUUCUGAUCCUGGCAGCUGUAGCCAACUGCUCGCGUUCUUUGUCAGAGGGCCGUGGUGAGAUUGUUUUGUUUCCUUUUGUUUUGUUCGUGAGUUUGUUUAAAAUCAAAAUUAGAUAUUUUCUUCUGCUGGACAGUAUUAAAUAGAGCAGGAUGUUGAGUUAAUCUGCUAGAUUGCAGUACUAAUGGUAGUGGAUUAGUGUCUUCAUAUUAAUAUUAUUUUUACUUAUUUGAACAAUAAUGAUAAAGAAGUGGUUCAUUAUUUUUUAAUUAAUGCACUUUAAGGUGGAAUGGAAAGAAACCCAGAGAGCAAAGUGCAUUACUUAAAGAUGCAGUAUAUACUUUUCUCAUUUUUAAACAGCACAUAUUUAUUAAAAGAAAAAAAAGUAAUUUAUGAUUAUUUAAAAUAAAAUUUAAAAGUAGAGUGUCUGUCGGGUUAAAGGACCUUCCACAUAGCUGCCUUCCUGGGGAGGGCCCGUGGCCUCGCUCCACAGAUGUCCGCUCUGAGCCAGUUGAAUCACUAGCACACCGCCGGCCAGGCCCGGAGGGAGCAUAGCACAUGGUGGCUGCCAAGUACAGAGCAUCUCAGUUGGACUGGACCAACCACAGUGCUCCCCAGAGCCUGCCUCCCCUGCCCCACGUGUGCAUCUGCCCCGUCAGGCUCUCUACCACCCACCAGUCCCCCAGCCCCUCAAGGACCCCCUCUCCUUGAUUGCCAGUGCCCUGAAGCCAGAGAGUCAUUAAAAAGCAGGGCUGGAAGGGACCCUGGAGGUCGCUCCAUCCCAUCCCUUCCUGUUACUGCAGCCCAAGGACAGGAAGUGACUUUCUCAAAAUCACACAGCUAGUUAAUGGCAGACUCCCCACUGCAUUAAUCCUGUGUCCUUCCCGCCCCCAUUAUAGCUUAUUCUGUGGUCGUCAUGUUUACAUUGUGACAUCCAGCCCCAAGGAUGGCUGGGAGUUGCUCAGGCAUCCAGGAAAAGUGGGAAAUGCUGCCACCUGGUGACAUCACGUAGAUUUGGGCAGUGAACAGGGAUCGCCACGCCCUCGUCUAGACCCCACUCCUGACCCCUCCCCUUCAGACCCUGCCUCCCAGCACAGCAGAAGCCCUGCAACCCAAAGGAUAUUAAUACUUGAAGUAAGAAGGGUGCAUGCCAGUCCUUCUCAGAUAUGGCCAGGGGGUGCCAAGCUUUGUGCCCCUGGACUCCUAGCCCUACCCUGGGCAAGAGGGCCUUUCCCUAGAGCUACUGAGCUGCUUUGUGACAUUGGAGGAAACUGCCAGCAGCAGCGGAGGAGGGAGGGGGCCUGGGGUUCUGACCCACCAGGAGGAAAACCAGAUCGGACUAAAAGGAAAGAAAAAUGAAAUCUCAGCAGUGUCCAAACCUAGUUUUCCAUUAGUUGCAAUUGAAAAUGUGAAAUGACAUUGUAUUGCUGUAUACUGCAACUUUAACCAUAAUGAGCCCUUCUGCGGUCAUUAUUGAGGUUUAUAUAAUGCCCGAAGUUGCAUCCUUUGGUGCUUUGUUUUUCUAUUCAGUUUAAAGACCUUUUUCUUUUAUUACAAGGGGAAAAAAAAAUACGUCUUCAUCUCUCUCCCACCUUGUCCUUCUUUGUCUCGGCAGGCCUGGCGUGUUGCCUGGCUCCUCUGUGCUCAAGAGGAAGCUGGAAAGGGGCACCCCUGAGCAGCAGGUGUGCCGUCUGCCUUGGGGUUCCCCUCCACCCAGCGGGCUUUGUUUGCCAGGCUUCAGCCUGUCCAACCCCCGCCUGGCUCCAAAGAUUUCUCUCUUCCUCUCUUCUCCAUCUUGACGAAGGCAUUAUAUAGAAUCAUUAUAAUCACUUUCAGAUGUUAGAGCAGCAUAUUUUACUGGCAUUUGUAUCCAUCGCUUUCCUCAGUAAGGCAUGUUACUACUUUCAUCAUCUUAAGGAAAAAAGACAAGGGAAUUUCGAUCCAACGUUAUUUUCAUAUUACUAGUACUUGCAGAGUAGGCGUAGAACUAUUUAAGUUUAGAUUUUGGUUUGGUAGUUUUGUUUUUAAGGGGGGAAAAUGAAAUAGCCCCUACUUUUCCUGUUUUUGUAUUUAACUAAUAUAUUAUUUCUUUAAGGUUACUCACUUCCCCUACCCCUUUCAAAUACUUUGCAUUCUCAAUUGAAAUGAAAACAAUCUGAGAGACAGGAAAAGUGCAAUAUUACCAAGAGGGAUGCCAGGGCUUAUUGGCAUGGUGGAGAAAGACCCCAUGGUCCAGUCUGCAGAAAGUUGGAGGGGGACUGCUGGGAGGAAUCAGAACUGUGGAACUGACAGGUGGGCUUUGGGGUUUGAUGUUUUAGCCCUCUCCCUCUCCUGCUUCCCUGGAAAGAUGGUAGGGGGUCCCCACCAGAGGGCAACCCCCGUUACUAUUGGGUAUCAUCCACCCAGAAGAAAGGGAUUCAGGGAAGAGGCGUGGGGGCUCUUGACCUCCUGGGCCCAGUCUCCAGAGCAGAGUGAGGACAUCCAGGAACUGUUCCUUGUUUUCAUUUCCAUUGUUUCCAGCCAGCUGCUCAGAGAGACCUGUCCUAAAAAUGCCUCCCAGCAGCCCUCUACCCCAUUCCCCCUGCCCCCAGUCUCCUGAUGUUUGGGCUGUGAUCCUUUUGAUGUAAGUCUGAAUCUUUCUAAAACUAUGAAACCUCAGUUCAGUUUAUGGGCAGGAAACCUAGAUGUAACCAAACCCAUCUGGAGGGUGUGGGCACCAAGGCCUACCCCAGGGAGAUGGAAUUCCCGCAGACCUGCAGCAGGGCCCGGCACUGAGCCCAGCUGCCCACUCAUCUCAGCGAUUUCAGCCUGAGCAGCAAGCCCUGCCUGUGCUCCACACCCAGACAGUCUGCGGGAGUUCUCGGAGAAGACUCAGAGGGGUUUGUCUACUUAGGUCUCUGCAGACAGAUGCCCCCACAACAGGCACCAAGCCAGAUGCCUCCUUUUUUGGUGCUGAUAGAGAAAGUGGCAGGCUGGGAAGUCUCCUGGGGUCCAGACCAGGAGCUCUGCCCCUCAGGGCAGCAGGCAUGCCCUUGCUGGUUCGUCCCCUCCACCUCCAGUACUGUACAUUUGCUGCUCCAACCCCAUAUUUGGUGAAUUUCUGUACAGACAUGGAUCUCUGUGCCCAGAGUAGGACUCAAGCCCCUGUGUGAGUCUCCCUUGGAAUGACACAUCCACAUAGCCAAUCAUCUUUGAGAAUCUUGAUGCAGAGCUCUCUAGAAAGAGAACUGUCCACAUCACUAAAAAAUUACGAUUCCCUCACUUUUUUGAGGGUUGUGAGUUGAGUGUGUGUGCACACAUGUGUGCAUGCAUGUGUGCGUGUGAGUGUUGGUAAUUUCCCACUUGGAACUAAUAACAUGGGGUUAGAGAAAAAGAAAAAAAAAAAAAAAACACCGGGCAAGCUGUCUCCAC